CUCAAAAAGAAGAAUAGAACAAAACAGAGCAGAAGAGGUAACUAUCUGAGAGAAAAAAAAAAAAAAAAAACGAAGAAAACUCAGAAGAAAAGGUCGUUGCUUUCUGCUUCACUGCGAAGAUGAACGGAGGCCCGUCUGGUUUCAUAAAUGCUCCCGUGACAAGGGCUUUUAUCAUCGCCUCGGCGCUUUUCUCUAUCUUCUUGGGGAUCCAGGGCCGUUUCAACACUCUGGGGUUGUCAUAUCAGGAUAUUUUUGGAAAGUUUCACAUUUGGAAGUUGAUUAUGUCCAUAUUUUCCUUCUCAUCAACACCAGAGUUGAUGUUUGGACUGUAUCUGCUAUAUUACUUCAGGCUCUUUGAAAGACAGAUAGGUUCCAAUAAAUACUCGGUCUUUAUUGUGUUCUCCAUAUUAAUUUCACUACUGUUUGAAGUCGUUGCUGUAGCACUUUUAAGAGAUCCUACAACGAACCUAGUCACUCCUGGACCUUAUGGCCUUAUAUUUGCUUCAUUUGUACCCUUUUUCUUUGACAUUCCAGUUUCAACACGGUUUCGUGUAUUUGGUUUUCACUUCUCGGAUAAGUCAUUCAUAUAUCUAGCUGGUCUUCAGCUUCUUUUAUCAUCAUGGAGAAGGUCCAUCUUACCAGGGAUGUGUGGCAUUCUUGCUGGUGCCCUGUACCGUUUGAAUGUCUUUUGUAUCCGCAAAGCAAAGUUCCCAGAGUUCAUCUCAUCAUUCUUUUCACGAAUUUCAUUGCCAUCUAUGGGGAGUCCACGUGCAGCAUCCAGAAGGAAUGUUGUUGGGAACGCACCAUCCUAUCCACCUCGCCAAAUGGAGAGAAACUACCCUGCUCCAAUGCAAGCUGCAGUAGAACCAACUGAGGACUCAAUCACUACACUUGUUUCUAUGGGCUUUGACAGAAAUUCUGCCAGACAAGCAUUAGUGCAGGCCAGAAAUGAUGUCAAUGUGGCUACAAACAUCCUACUGGAGGCACAGUCCCACUAAUUCCAUAUAUGUUCUGCAUAAAUGAGAGCUGGAUUGUUCUGAAUUGAUAGAUGGAAGCCCAAUCAUGAAGUAUUGGAAAUUCACUAAUUAUGAGAUGUGAGGAUGUUUGUGAACUUCAGGCAUUCAUGGUUUCAUCCUCAAGGAUUCCUCCUCUUCGAGGAACGUUUUUUCCCACCUUAACUUGAAUCUUUAGAUUAUCCAUUUCAGGACUGUUAUUGAUAGAUGAAUGAGAAUUAGGAGCCUGUACAAAUUACUUGCAACAUAUGGAAAGCAUGCGUAUCAUUUUAUGAAAUGUGAACCAUAUAUUUAUAGUGGCAGGCUCUUCUAUGCAGUUUGUUUAAAGCAUAUGGAGCCCAGUUCCAUGCUGUGGUCUCUGAAAGCCAUUAACAAUGUCACUCUGAU